AUGAACAGAGGGGAUUCAGAAGUUGAUGGUGAUGAGAUUGAUAGAGGAAGUUUUCUUGGGCACCCAAUUUGUGAUUUAUGUGGAGAGCAAGUCUAUGGGAAUUGUGAACUCUAUUCACAUUUGUCAGUUGAACAUUAUACCUGUCGUUUUUGCGUUAGGAAGGACCCGGGGAUAUCUGAGUGCCACAAGAAUAUGAAGAUCUGGGAGGCAACUAUUUCCCCCUUGCCCUUUAGGCAUUUCCGCACAUAUCAUUUCCUAUGUGAGGAAGAAGCUUGCCUUGCCGACGAGUUUGUUGUGUUUAUAUCUGAGAUUGAUUUUAUG